GAAUCCAUAGAGAAUAUACACUAUUGUUUAAGUCAAGAUAGCUUCACUCAGAAUUAGAAUGGCUUCCAUCAAGAUAGCUUUGGCAACGUUGUUUCUUGCUUUAAUAGCUUGCAAUGGGCUUGAUUUGGCAAGGGCAGUAGUUCAUGGUGAAUGUGAUAAAAAUGAUGACUGCAAGCUAAUUUUAUCAAACUGUAAAGGAAAAGGCAUUUGUGACAAUGGCAUUUGCAGGUGUGUCGAGAGCAAAGCAUCCUUGGAAGGGUGUCAAACAACUAGUGAUUGUGAUUUAGUUUGUGGUUUUCCAUGCUUUCCUUUAUAUUGUGACGUAAAAACGGGUGAAUGUAAAUGUAGCUGUUAAGUGAUCGUCUAAUUAAUAAACUUGCCA